AUGGCAUCAUCGCGAGAACCCAACUCCCUGUGCUUGAAGCGCAAACUUGUCGAAGAUUACCUAUCGGAAGAGUGCAAAUCUCGUCGAAUCAAAGCUAAGAAUGGGCCCUCAUCUGAUUCAUCUGCUAAGCACUGCAACUGUAGCUGCACAAGACCUAACCUUGCCGAUGAUUGUGACAAUUUCCUGAAGAGCGGAGUCCCUAGCCGUAUCAUGUAUUACAGACAAGGUUCUUGGCACAAUUUUCCUGAGAAAAUAAUGAACUCCCUCAUUGAAGAAUUCAGUGGCAACAAAUCAAGUGUUGUUUCUGCGAUGGAUGAUGAGCCUCUUCUCAUUGAUUUCUUGUCAAUGACCAUGGUCAACCUAAAAUCCAGAAAGCAACGAUCUGUUGCAUGGGUUGAUGAUACUGGAAAGUGUUUUUCUCCUUCUCUGUUCCUUGAUGAGGAAAUUGAUGAUAUGGCCAAAGGGGAAUCUGAUAAUGUUCAGCGCACUGUACAGGGAAUAAUGUUGGAUAAGGAUACAAAUGCUCCACCUGAAGUGGUGAAACAAGUUGUCCUUGAUUCUAGCUCUUCAGUUCCUCAUAAACUUUCCACCGCAGACAUAUUACGCAAGAAGAUCACAGCCAUGGAAAGAGGCAGCAAAGACUUUCUAUUUGUCCAGGACCUUUUCCUCUCUGGAAUGGGUCCAUUUGCAACACCAAACAAUAUACUCCGUGUGUACGGUUAUUCUCCGAAUGAUAUAACUGCACAGUGUAGACUUGAAGCUUUUGAAAGACAGAUUAGGUCCACCAAAGAAAAACGUGGUGAUGCAAAUGUUAGAUAUGGAUGGCUAGGAUCCAAGAAGAAUGACAUUGUCAGGAUUCUAAUUAACGGUUUGGAUCCCACUGGAGAACAUGUUGAGAAGUCAGAUUUGAGUGCUGGUGUUUAUCUUUCACCAGUAGACCGAGCAUUUACCAGUGUCGGUCUUUGUGAUGUUGACGAAAAAGGAGUGCAGUAUAUGUUACUGUACCGAGUGAUAUUGGGUAACCUGGAAGCUGUGGAGCCUGGAUCGCAUGAGUUUUUUCCAACCAGCGAAAUAUAUGAUUCUGGUGUUGACAAUUGCUUAUACCCAAAGUGUUAUGUGAUGUGGCCAUCACAUCUAAGCACUCACAUGCAGUUAGAAUAUCUUGUUAGUUUCAAGCUUGCCCCAGAAGCUCGAAAUUACUUGCUUGGCUUGAAAGGCUUAUGGUUUCGCCCACCAUCAGAGGAAGUUGCAGUGGAUAUUUCUGCUCUUCAACCUGUAAUGUGUGAAGCAAGUGAAGGACCAAGUACCCCAUGGAUAUCAUUCAAAGUCCUGUUCAGAUUAAUUCAAGAUAAAAUAUCCUUCAUAGCAAGGGAACUGCUCUUCCAUCAUGACGAAGAGCUGAAGGAAGGAAAAAUAACUCGUGAAGAAAUGGUGAAGAAGAUGAUGAUGAUAGUUGGAGAGAAAAUACUCAUGGAAGCCCUGAAGAAACUUCAUUACUGUCCAUCAUUAUGGUACAAAUCUUCUGUUAAAGCUAUUUCUAAUGAUCCUGUAAGGACUGAAGCAGACCAGGUAUCCUUGGAUACAACAGGCAGGAGUUGUAACCAUGGUGAUUCAUGUGCACAAAAUGCAACCGCUGAACACUCAGCAGGUCCUCUUAGCACCAAAGUAUGUGGUGCUCUUCCUACUGACGUGGUUCCCAAAGGCUCUGACUAUCCAGCACCAACUGGUGUACCAGAAACAUCUAGUUCUGCUGGUGCCAAAUGCCUGGGUUCUCAAGGCAUGGAGGGUGAAGGUAGAGAUUCUCCUAUGCAGAUCAUGUCACGGGGAAACUCUACAGCUCAACCUGCGAGAUACCAAGAUCCUACUGUAACAAGAAUGCCACCUAUAAUUUGUGAUGACCCUUUGAGGAUUUCUCCUGGAAUAUCUGCAUCUCCUGGUGUGAAAGUUUGCAAUUCUGCUCCAACAACCACAGGGCCUCCUGGUUGUGCUUCUCUAGCUCCAACUAAUGCUUCAAAGACCCAUGAGAUUUUGGUUCCAGGUACAACUCCUAGUCCUAAGGGCUGUGAGUCUGUUGUGCCAAUCUUGGUACUUGGAAAUUCAGAAAGUGCAGGCGUCAAGCAUCUCAAUUCUGCACCAAGGAUGACACCUGAAGGCCAGGAGUUUCUUUCGCUGGGUAUUGUAUCGCAGAGCCCUGUUCUUCAUCCAGUGAAAGGACCUGAUGCUUCAUCAUCGGCUGCCAGGCCUCCAGUCUACCCACCAGGACGUGGAAAAUCACCAUCCGUGAGCACAGGGAUCUGCGAUUCUCUAUCACUGAGCAUCACACCACAAGGGCAUGAUCCUCCAGCGUCUAGAGCAGAGCCAAAGCAACAAAGAUCUCCUGCAGCUGAUUCAACGCCAGAAAGUCGUCGCCCACCUCAAGCCAUGGAUGCGGCCACCAAGGUUCAUAAUGCUCCCACACCAAUAACCAGGGAGAGAAAAGACCAGGCUGCUGCACAGAAUAAGCUGCCUGGGCCAGGCCUUGAUGGUUGCAGCCAUGUCAAAACUCUCAUCGCCCUAUCAACUCCGCGAGAGAAGGGCGAGCGUUAG